ACUUCUGCUGCCUGUCAUUGUCGCGCGCUCUCUUGUGCGUAGAAUCGCACGAUACAGCGAAUGACUACACGCAAACCAAUUUAUCUGUAACUUUAGGAGCAAGACUCGGCUUCAAACUGUAUACACUGAAUUACCUUAAAAAGCGUAAAGGACGGAUCUCCAUUGUCUUCGGGACGCAGCUCUUAAGAAUAUUCCCUCAGUAAAUUCCUAUGCCACUUCUCAAGUAAGCAGGAUGAAGAUGGCGGAGAGCUGUGUGGUCCUGUUUAUCUUGGGCUGUCUGUGUGGACCAUCAUUGUCUCUGGAUCCUCGAGAUCCAAACGUCUGCAGCUUAUGGGAAAGUUUUACCACUUCAGUAAAGCAAUCCUAUGCUCGCCCGUUUGACCAAGUGUACGAAGAGACCUGCACUGAACCCUGGAGUGCGAACAAAUGUACCCGACACAGGAUCACUUAUAAAACAGCAUAUAGACAGGUGGUGAAAAUGGACUACCGUAGGAGAUAUCAGUGCUGCCGUGGGUUUUAUGAGAGCAGAAAUAAAUGUGUCCCACGCUGCACAAAAGAGUGUGUCCAUGGUCGAUGUGUAGCACCUGAUCGGUGUCAGUGUGAGAACGGCUGGCGUGGAGACGACUGUUCCAGCUCAUGUGAUGCUCAGCAUUGGGGUCCAGGGUGUAGGCUGGCCUGCGAGUGUCAGAAUGGAGGAGUGUGUGAUGCUCUCAUUGGAUCCUGCCUCUGUCCUCCUGGAUAUACCGGUGAACACUGUCAGGACCCCUGUUCCGAAAUGUUUUUCGGUCAAAGCUGUCUACAGCAGUGCCAGUGUGGAACAGGAGGGUUCUGCAAUAAAACCACCGGAGAAUGCGUGUGCAAAGGAGGUUUUACUGGAACUUUGUGUGAGGAGCCGUGUUUCAAGCCAAACCGAUGUUCUCUACGUUGCCCAUGUCAGAAUGGAGGCAUUUGCAAAGGAACAGGGGUGUGCGUGUGUCCUCCUGGCUGGAUGGGUGCAGUCUGCACUGAGCGAUGUCCACCAGGCCGGUUUGGUAGUAACUGUGUUAGUGAAUGUAUGUGCCAUAACGGUGGCCACUGUGAUCCACAGAACGGCCAAUGCCAGUGUGAUGCGGGCUACACGGGAGAUAGGUGUCACGAUGAGUGUCCAGUAGGUACGUACGGUGAGAACUGUAAGGGCGUGUGUGACUGUGCUAAUGGAGCCCGGUGUUAUAACAUCCAUGGCGGAUGUCUGUGUGAACCGGGCUUUACUGGACCCCGCUGUGACCAGAGAAUGUGUUCCGAUGGGGUUUAUGGCAUUCACUGUGAACAACGCUGCCUCUGCAACUCACAAAACACCCUCAGCUGUCACCCUCUAAAGGGGGAAUGUACCUGUCAGCCUGGGUGGGCGGGGCUGUAUUGCAAUGAGACCUGUCCACAUGGUUACUAUGGAAACGGUUGUCUGGAGCCCUGCCUUUGUGUGAACGGAGGGGUGUGUGACACAGUGACCGGCCAGUGCCAUUGUGCCCCCGGACACACAGGGCUACACUGUGAUAAACUGUGUGAGGAUGGCCUCUAUGGGAAGGACUGCUCAUCUCAGUGUACCUGUGUAAACUUUAUAGCCUGUUCUCCUAUUGAUGGCACAUGCUACUGUAAAGAAGGCUGGAGAGGGCCCGACUGUGCCGUCACAUGUUCAAAAGGCACAUGGGGUCCUGGCUGUAACUUCACAUGUCACUGUGCAAAUGGAGCGUCCUGCAACCCUGCCGACGGCUCAUGCAAGUGCACAGCGGGGUGGAGAGGAGAUUAUUGUGACGAGACCUGUCCCAUAGGCACGUUCGGCCCAGGCUGUCAACACAAAUGUGACUGUCUGCAUGACGAAGGAUGUCACAGUAUUUCAGGACAAUGUCUGUGUUUACCCGGCUGGACAGGUCUUCGCUGCACGCAGCAAUGUCCAGAAGGGACAUGGGGCCAUCAGUGCAACCAGACGUGUUCCUGCCUCAACAGCGCCCCCUGUCAGGCACACACCGGAACAUGUCUGUGCAAACCUGGAUUCUGGGGAGCUCAGUGUCAACACAAGUGCAGCGCUGGUCUGUUUGGAGAGAAGUGUAGUCGACAGUGUCCCUCAUGUGUCCAUGCCUCCUCCUGCCAUCACAUUACAGGCGAAUGUCAGUGUCUGCCUGGAUUUACAGGAUCAUUAUGUGAACAAGCAUGCCCCAUUGGUCGCUAUGGGAAGCAGUGUAGCAGUGUGUGCAUGUGCACCAACAAUGCGACGUGUCAUCAUGUAGAUGGCGCCUGUCUCUGCCCACCAGGAUGGGCUGGAUCAGACUGCUCCUCGUCGUGUCCGACAGGGACGUUCGGCACUAACUGCGCUCUGACCUGCUCAUGUCCUCCAAACCAUUCCUGCGACCCUCACACUGGAGACUGUGUUUGUGUACCUGGACCAGACACGGACUGCAAACCAGAGCGGGAGCUAAACAUGAUGGUGCCUGUGUCUCCGGUGGAGAGAGACUCGUGGGGAGCUAUCGCAGGCAUCGUGGUGCUGGUGAUUUUGGUGGUGCUCUUGUUGGCUAUUUUGCUGUUGUAUCGUCGCAGACAGCAAGACAAACAGAGCAACACGCCCGUUGUUUCUUUCUCCUCGACCCGUACUGUCAGUUCAGAAUAUGCUGUGCCAGAUGUACCGCACAGCUAUCAUCACUAUUACUCAAACCCAAGUUACCACACGCUGUCUCAGAAUAGACCUCCACUGCCACACCUCCCCAACAACCAGGACAGAGUCAUAAAGAACACCAACAACCAGCUGUUCUGCAGUCUGAAGAACAGGGAGAGAGAGAGGAGAGGUCUGUUUGGAGCUGACACAAAUGCAACUCUUCCUCCAGGAUGGAAGCACCAGGAACCAAUUAAAGAUACAGGGGCUUUUGGGAUUGAUCGGAGUUACAGCUAUAGCGCUACUCUUGGGAAGCACUAUAACAAAGAUUUAAAAGAUUCUUGUGUGGCAGUGAGCAGCAGCUCUCUGAACAGUGAGAACCCAUACGCCACCAUCAAAGAUCUGCCUGGCUUGCCACCGUGUCCUCCAGAGAGCAGCUACAUGGAGAUGAAGUCUGCGGUGCCCCGAGAGCGAUCUUACCCUGAGAUCAGCCCGCCUGCCGUGACCUCCCCUUCUCUAGUGUGCAGAGAACACUGUUCCGUUGGCAACGUUCUGGAACAGGAAACUCAGAAUCACUAUGAUCUGCCAAUCAACAGCCACAUCCCCGGGCAUUACGACCUGCCCCCUGUACGGAGACCCCCAUCUCCAUCGCCACGGAGACUGCCACACUGAUCUCCAGAUUUAAAACACUUUGGUCCUUCUUGAAAAUCACUACAAUCACUCGCAUGUGAAUGCAUUGAUGGAUAGAUGGGACCAAAAAAGUGACUGAGGCCUGAGCUGCACAACACUGCCAUCUAUUGGACGCCAUUGAAUGUUCAUGGAGCAAAAUGUCUCCGGAAAGGAGCGGGUAUGGCCUGGCCGUCCGCGUCCGCCCGCGUGACGUCAUCAGGAGGUUCCGUAGUCGUCCGCACACCCCAUCACGCGUGACGCGUACAACAGCGCAUGCGCAAGAAAAAUGCACUAGUCCACUAGGGGUCAAUACACACACAGAAAGUGUGCAGUGUGCCGUUGUCGAAGAAGAACGAUACAAAACCAACACGCUGAAAGCAAGAACAGUAAGCUAAGAAGCAUAGCCUUCUUCAUACUGUUUGGUUGUUGUUCUUGUUGUCUUGCGGUUUGUUCGAAUUGUUUGCAAUGGCGAAUGACUUCCUCUAUCAUUAAUUUGCAGUGGGUCUGUGAAUGACGCGACUCAGCGCUGCCCUCUGAUGGUCUGGUAGAGCACACAUACUCAUUUGUACUCGGACGCGUUUGUGCGCGAGACGGACGCGGAAAGUCAAGUAUACCCGCUGCUUUAGAGGUAUUUAGAGUUUAAAACCCACAGUGAACUAAGCUGUCAAAAGCUCUACCAUUCUUUUCCACCUAUGAAUAUUUUGGUUGACUUUUGUAACAACUGACGAACAAGAACCAGCGUUAAAAAGCCUUUAACAAUUUGCUGCAUACUACAUCACAUUUUGGCGUAUAAUUCAUGCUGCUUUUCUAAAUGUUUGCUCCGAAAAGCACGUGGCGACUUUAGUGACUGGUGGACAACAACAAAACUUAUUUCAAUCUUUGCACAUGUUUUUUUUGCCAGUUUUUUAUAUAGAAAUAUUUCCCUGCCGUCACAAAAGUUGCCAUAUAUACAUCAUCUUUAUGUGAAAUAUACACAUAAAAAGGCCAAAGAUAUGCAAACUAUGUUCAUAUGAAGAUUUAUGCAAUAUAUUUUAAUUAAGCCAUAUCUAGGUAAAAGCUGGGCUAAAUGCUUUAAAGUUUUUUUUUAUCCAAUCUGGUAAUCAGGGUUGUAAAUGUCAGUAUAAUUUUAAAUUACAAAAAAAUAUGAAAAUUAUUUGAGAUUGUAAAUUUGAGGGCACACUAGAAACCUUUGCUUUGAAUGUCAGAAACAUAAAAACUGUAUAUAGUGUAAAUAAAUAUCACUUUUCAUGCAUAAUGUGAAUCAUCACUGUCGUUUAUUAACAUUUUUUUGAACAUUUUUAGUUGUACUACAGUUCAGUUUAUUUCCCAUGAUGUAUUGCUUUGUUUCCUUGCUCACUUUUGAUAAAAGUGUCUGCUAGAUGUAAUUUCAAGACACAGUUUUAGUCUAAUGCAGCACACAAUGACUCCGACACCAGCUGAAUUCACUUCCUCAUCACAGCAAUACAUACACUGCAGUAAAUUUCUCAUUAAAGCUUAUUCAUAUUUCACUUACAAUAAAAUACAAUAAAUAAAGUUCAGGACAUGAGAACUGUUAACUCUUUAAACAAACAAGGCCUCGAGACUUACCUGCAGAUAAAACACACACAUCUGCAUAACAAAUGCAGCACAUUGUCUUUAGGUGCCCAUCUUGACAAUAUGUUUAACAGCAGCACAAUGAGAUUAUCGUCAUGCUAUUUUCAUAAGCUUUUUGGCAGUUAAUCACUUUGCAAGCAGUGUUUUCACAGCUCCUAUGCAAAGGACUGUUAUAAUAAUAAAACAUCAAAAUGGAAGAUUUAAUAGAGACAAAUUGAUCUGCAAUAUGAUGGAGACAAAUUGAAAAAGUCAAAAGGGCUUUAUUUAACUGAAUAAUUUUAAGGCACAGUUUGUAACAAGGCUCUUAGUUUAACAUCAAUUCUGAAUUUGCUCACAAAAGUAAAUGUAAAUGAUUAAAAGAAAAAAGCAUAAGCUUCCAACGAUAAAGCAAGUAACAAAAGCCCUGUAGUCUGUUUCAGCCAUUUUUUU